CCACAAUCUCAUAUCAAAUAUUUGCUAGUAUGGACCGAACUUAUCCAGCAGAGAUUGGGAAAAAUGCAACAAUCUGGUGUAAAACCUCAUACCCCAUUUUCUCAAGAUCCUGUGUCAUGGUUGCACCUGGAAAUGAAACCUUGAACCUGGAUCUAAGAACAGGAAAAGUCAGAGAUAUCAGCUCCGCCACAUCAGAGAGAUAUGAAGCAUAUUCAAAUAAACAAUUUCAAAUGUGUGCUAUUAAAAUACAUUCAGUAAAGGUUAAUGAUUUAGGACAAUGGGAGUGUAAGAUACUAAGCCUGGGAUACCCGCCCCGGGUUGGGUUCAUCAACCUUCUCGACAAUGAGAUGCGGUAUGUGAAAGAUGUUCGUCUGCCACGACAUGUUCUACCUGACUCCUAUAUAAUCACACUUGUACCUUACCUUAUGGAAGGGAACUAUACAGUUGACGGUCUUGUAGAAAUUAAUGCGCACAUUGCAGAUGCGCCAAACAGCUGUGAUAAUAAGUGUAUUAUUCUGCACAGUAAAGAGGCGGCUAUUGAUAUAAGGCAUAUGCAUGUACAGAUGGGUGGAUUCAAGCUAGUUAUUAAUAGUGUUGCAUAUGACAAGGAUCGAAGUUUUUUAAUCCUAUAUCUAGAGGAAGCUCUGGUUCCAGGGAAAGAUUUGCGCAAAGAAAUCGCCUUCUUAGGAAAGGUGCAAGAUGAAAUGACUGGGUUCUAUAGAAGCUCCUAUUUUGAUUUUGCAUUAAACCAGACAAAAGUAGUUGGUUCAACACAGUUUCAGUCUAUUCACGCCAGGGAGGCAUUCCCUUGUUUUGACGAACCAGACAUGAAAGCUACAUUUAAAGUAAUAUUGGGUAGACAAGGGAAUAUGAUCACACUCUCCAAUAUGCCGAAGGAAAAAAUCGAUAUAGUUUUAGGAACUGAGGUUGAUGUGUAUGAAACCAGUGUCAAGAUGUCAACAUAUCUUCUUUCAUUUAUAAUCUGCGAGUUCAAGAGCCUUUACCUGCAAACAGACCCGUUUUUUCCCUUACGCUUCAAUGUGUGGGCUCAAGAAGAUAAACUACCUCAGCUUAAACAUGCUGCUAAUAUUGGCAAAAAGGCAAUCCCAUUUUUUGAGGAUAUGUUUGACUUGAAGUAUCCUCUGGCGAAAAUAGACUUAGUUGCAAUCCCAGAUUUCAAGUAUGGUGCCAUGGAGAACUGGGGAAUUCUUUCCUACAGAGAUAAAUUUCUUUUUUAUGAUAAAACUGACAGCUCUGAAUUAAAUAAAUUAGAGAUAUCUAUGGUUGUAUGUCAUGAGAUAGCUCAUCAAUGGUUUGGAAACCUUGUGACGAUGAGAUGGUGGAAUGAUCUCUGGUUAAACGAAGGGUUUGGCACUUAUAUGGCGUAUGUUGCUGUAAACUCUAUCAGCCCUGAAACAAAAUUAUUGGAACAGAUUGCUUUUAUUGAAACCAAAGAUAUCUUCGUUCUUGACGCAGUUAAAUCAGCAAAACCAUUAUCUGCAGAAGUUAAAAACCCGGAAUUUGAGGGGAUGCAGCCCCAGCUAGCUAUGUACAAGGGUUGCUUGUUGAUCAGAAUGAUGGAGAACUUUUUAACCCCAGAAGUGUUUAGACAGGGUCUGAGAAAUUAUUUUAAGGGUGAUUCCUUUCUCUGGGUGAUUCCAAUCUCAUAUAAGAGCAUAUUGGAAAAUCUGUCAGAUACUACAGUGAAUUUUUGGUUAACAGAAAGCGCCGCUACUUUGCCAGCUCGUAACAAAGAAUUACUUUUCUUCAACGCAGGUCGAAUGGGGUACUACAGGGUUAGUUACUCUAUUGAACUAUGGGAUCGGGUAAUUGAAAAUUUUUCAAAACUUCCAAAUGUGGUUCGAGCACAACUAGUGGACGAUGCUCUUUUCCUAUCCCGGACUAAUUCGAUGUUCUACUCCCAAACAUUUAAGCUUUUAAAUAAUCUCAGAACUGAGACUGACUAUGUGGUUCUAUCAGCUGCUGAGAAUGGAUUAAAGUUCUUGAUGAAUAUGCUGGUUGAUGAUAGAAGAUAUGACACUUUUCUCGACUUCAUUAAAACCCUGGUAGAGAAGGUGUAUUACGAGGUGAGAGACAGUACUUCCGUCAGAUACCAAGAUGUAGUUAAAAGAAGCUUAGUUAUGAAAUGGGCCUGCUCUUUAAAUAUCAAUGAUUGUAUUGCUAGAGCUGAAUACAUGUUUAAAAUCUGGAAACAAACUGAAAAGAAUUAUGAGCUAAGCGUUAGUCCUGAUGAUAAGGAGUGGGUGUAUUGCUAUGGUUUGAAGUUCGGAAGAUCGGAAAGAGACUGGGAUUUUAUUUGGAAAAGGACUCAGGAAACGAAAAAUAUCCGUGAAAAAUCUGCUCUGUAUGAAGCUCUCGCAUGCACGGACAGUAUCAGCCUUCUUGAUAAAUACUUGGACAUUUCUAUUGAUCCUAAUUCUACAAUCAGGAAGCAAGAUAAGAGAUAUGUGUAUUCUGCAAUUGGUAAAAAUAAUGUAAAUGGAGCAGUGCGUAUGCUUGAUUGGCUUGAUGAGAACUGGGAACAGAUAUUGAAAUAUUAUGAAGGAAAUUUCCCAUACAACGCAAAAUUUAUGAUUGAGCCCUAUUCUGAAAAUGCUUGUACCCAGGAGCGUUUUGAUAAGUUAAAUCAGUUCUAUAACAAGAACAAAGCAGAGCUUGGUACUUCAGGGCAGAUUGUUGAAGAAGUUUUAGAUAAAAUCAAAGCCAACCUCAGAUGGAGAAAAAUUUCUUAUGAAGAUCUUUUCAGAGAUCUAGAAAGGGUUGUAAAAGAAACAACAGCAGGCAAUGAAGUGACCACUAAUUCCAAUGAAAUAGAUGGAAUUGUUGUUGAAGAAGGGCCAAGUGAUAAUGAAGGAUCUGGAACUGGAAAUACAGAAACCCCUACUGGCAAUGAAGAAUCUGCAACUGGCAAUGGAGGAUCUGCAACUGGCAAUGACGGAUCUGAAACUGGCAAUGAAGGAUUAGAAGCUGGUAAUGAAGUAUCUGGGACUGACAAUGAAGAAUCUGGAUCUGGCGAUGAUGAAUCUGAAACUGGCAUUGAAGGAUUAGCAACUGGCAAUGACGGAUCUGAAACUGACAAUGUAGGAUCUGAAACCAACAAUGAAGGACUAGCAACUGGCAAUGAAGGAUCUGGAACUGACAGUGAAGGAUCUGAAACUGGCAAUGAAGAAUCUGAAACUGGCAACGAAGGAUCUGCAACUGGUAAUGAAGAAUCUCCAACUGGCAAUGAAAGAUCUGCAACUGGCAAUGACAGAUCAGAAACCGAUAACCAAGGAUCCUCAACUGGCAAUGAAGGAUCUGGAUCUAAUAAUGAUGGAUCCUCAACUGACAAUCAAGGAUCGUCAACUGACUAUGAAGAACAAGAAGUAACAACCGAUAAAGAAGUAACCGAAGAAGAAACAAGCGAUACAGAGGUAACAACCGAUAAAGAAGAUUUAACAGAUACAGAGGUAACAACCAAUGGUGGAAGAAAAAGUGGGAGAAGAAACUCUAGACGGUGGAGAUCCAUGAUUCAUUAUCUGAUGAGAAACGGAUACCCCUAUCAAGAGGCUAAAGCUAUUGUCAGAGACGAAAAUAGGUUAAAAAAAAUACUUGAUAACAGAUUUUGAACCUGUGAUUGAAAAGACGACUGAAAGGACUAAACUAAACAUGCGGCAACAUUUUUUAUGCAAAAUUUGAAUAUGAAGAUAAAUAUUAUGAAUAAUGAUUUUGAAUAUAUAGUAAUAUAAACCGA